CACCCGGCUUGAUGGCACCGUGGACCCCCGGGGGCUGGGGGGGAUCAGUGGGGUCACCUCCCGAGGCUGGCGCUGCCCCCAGCACGAGGUCCCGCUUUGUGGGGGUUCCCCUCACAGCCCCCCGGCACUCAGCCCCGUUCCCCCAGGGCUCGGCGGAAUCCUACACCAGCCGCCCCUCCCUGGACUCCGACGUGUCCCUGGAGGAGGACCGUGAGGGCGCCCGGCGCGAGGUGGAGAGCCAGGCUCAGCAACAGCUCGAGAGGGCCAAGCACAAGCCGGUCGCCUUCGCCGUGCGCACCAAUGUCAGCUACUGCGGGGCGCUGGAUGAGGAGUGCCCAGUGCAGGGAGCCGCCAUCAACUUCGAAGCCAAAGAUUUCCUGCACAUCAAGGAGAAAUACAGCAAUGACUGGUGGAUCGGGCGCCUAGUGAAGGAGGGGGGGGACAUCGCCUUCAUCCCCAGCCCCCAGCGCCUGGAAGCCAUGAGGCUCAAGCAGGAGCAGAAAGCUAGGAGAGCUGGCAAUGCCUCGGGCCUCGGCGACAGCGGGAGCCGGCGAUCGCCUCCCCCCUCCUUAGCCAAGCAGAAGCAGAAGCAGACACAGCACAUCCCACCCUACGAUGUGGUCCCCUCCAUGCGGCCCGUGGUGCUGGUGGGGCCCUCACUGAAAGGAUAUGAGGUCACCGACAUGAUGCAGAAAGCCCUCUUCGACUUCCUCAAGCACAGAUUCGAUGGCAGGAUCUCCAUCACUCACAUCACAGCUGACCUGUCCCUGGCCAAGCGCUCCAUCCUCAACAACCUGGGCAAGCAGGCGAUCCUGGAGCGCUCCACCACCCGCUCGAGCAUUGCCGAGGUGCAGAGUGAGAUCGAGCGCAUCUUCGAGCUGGCCAAGUCCCUGCAGCUGGUGGUGCUGGAUGCUGACACCAUCAACCACCCGGCCCAGCUGGCCAAGACCUCCCUGGCACCCAUCAUCGUCUACGUCAAGGUGUCCUCCCCUAAGGUCCUGCAACGGCUCAUCAAGUCCAGGGGCAAGUCCCAGGUGAAGCACCUCAAUGUGCAGAUGAUGGCAGCUGACAAGCUGGUGCAGUGUCCCCCGGAGCUCUUUGACGUGAUCCUGGAUGAGAACCAGCUGGAGGAUGCCUGUGAGCACCUGGCUGAGUACCUGGAGGUUUACUGGCGUGCCACGCACCACCCGCCACACGCCCCCCACGCCGUCCCCUCGCCCACCGGGCUGCCAGGCCUGCAGAGCCAGCAGCUGCUGGGGGAGCGGGGCGAGCACUCGCCGCUGGAGCACGACAGCCUGAUGCCAUCGGAUGAAGCGGGGGACACCUCGCCCCAGCCUUGGGGAGCCGCAUCCCAGCGCAGCUCGCGGCACCUGGAGGAGGAGGAGGAGUACGGGGACCCCUACCCCGACCUGUACCAGCCCCACCGGCACCACGGCAGCGGUCCCGGCACGCCGGAGCGCCCGAGCGAGCGCAACCACGACAGGAACUGGCAGCGCAGCCGGCCCUGGGCCAAGGACAGCUAUUAGGGGUGGGGAGGG